AUGAUGAUCAAGAAGAAGAAAAUAAGCUGCAAGAGGAGGAAGCAAGCCACCGCAGCCGGAAUUAGGCGGCCGCUGGUGGUGGAGAGAAGAGUUGGAGCAUUGAAGACGCUAAUACCCAACUGCGAAUCAAUGGGAAUUGAAGGCCUAUAUAGGGAAACCGCCGAAUAUGUAUUGGGUUUGGAAAUGAUGGUGAAACUUAUGCAGGCAAUGGUGCAGUUGUUGACGCCUCAUACUUGUGCAUCGCAUAUUAAUUAG